AUGUGUCUUCCGGUGGCGCGUUCGACACCCGUCUGUGGAACAGGACAGAGCACUAUUAGGGAACAAUUUAACGAGAAUACCGCUUUCCUAGACGGAUCCAUGAUUUAUGGCAGCAGUGACCGUGACCAGUUUCUCUUCCGCCAAGGGGCGUUCUUGAAAACGAAACAAGUCAAGAAUCGUGUCUUCCCACCAAUUGACACCAAUAUGAAUGUGGUAGCCGGUGACGACCGAGCUAACAUUUUUGUCGGCCUAGCCGCUCUCCAUACGUUGUUCCUCCGCCAACAUAACAGAAUUGCGGGCUCUUUACAAAAAAUCAAUCCUCACUGGGAUCAGGAGCGAAUUUUCCAUGAGACCAGGAAGAUUGUUGGGGCGAUUCUGCAAAGGAUCACCUAUUCAGAAUAUCUUCCUCGUGUUCUCGGUGAGGAAUUCGGGAAACGUAUCGGCGAAUACCGAGGUUACGAUAAGAACACGGAUCCAUCUGUGGCCAACGAAUUCACCAGCUGUGCGUUCCGAUUUGGUCACGGCAUGAUUCAGGAGUUCUAUCCGUUCCUCAACGAGGAAUUCCAAAGCGUCGGUGGUAUACCGUUCAAUGAAGGCAUGUUCAAAAGUAUCCACAUUUUGAACAAUGGAAUCGAUCCUCUUCUACGAGGACUCAUUACCCUCCCAGCCAAAAUGCCCCAACGUUUGACCCCUGCCGUAACUGAAAGGAUCUUUGGAAACUCAGAUCUCGGCUCUAUCAACAUCCAAAGAGGAAGAGACCAUGGUGUACCUGCAUUCAUUCAAUGGAGGAAGUUCUGUGGACUGCCUGAAAUUAAGGACUUUGACGACCUCAGCAGGACCAUAUCAAAUCCUAUUGUUAUCGAUAACUUGAGGGUUAUUUACAAGCACGUCGGUGCAAUUGACAUGUAUGUGGGCUCGUUGUUGGAGGAUCCCGUGAAGGAUUCCUUGGUUGGACCAACUCUAGCGUGUAUCAUUGGCGAGCAAUUCAGGCGGACGAGGAAUGGUGACAGAUUCUACUUUGAAAACGAUGGCAUUUUCACUCCAAAGCAAGUGAAGCAGAUUAAGAGGGUGACGAUAGCCAGAGUUCUUUGCGAAGGUGGUGAACAUUUCUCGUUCGCUCCACCGCAAGCAUUCGACGUUUUCAGACCAUCAAAGGACCAAUUGUUACGAUGUGCGGAGAUCCCAGACAUAGACUUCACCGCCUGGAAGGAAGACCUGGGUGUAGUUGAACACCCCUAA